GGCCUUGAGAGAGAGAUGGGAGGAAGGGAAGUAACUCUAUCGGUACUCGACUCGCGACUCGACUCAGUUUGCUUUGCUUCCUCUCUCCUGUAGCUUGCUUGCUGUGUUGCUGCUGCUGAAGUUGGAGUUCAACUUGGGAUGCAGCGAUGUCCAUUCUGUUGCUCAUUACAGAGUUCAAUUUGUCCCUGACAUUGCCAGAUCGAUGAGGAGACUGCAUACUGACGCUUGUCGAUUGUGAAGCCUUCAUCUCAUGUUCAAGUAAAAGACUGUUAUACUAUAUGUGAGUAUGAGUAAGGAAGAAAGCCGUCCAUCAGAUGCCAAGAAAGUGUGUAAGGAUUUUCCUAAGUUUAUAAAUUUUUCACAACUCUGUCGCUACACCGCUACUACUGAGGAGUGUGUCCAGUUUGGACAGAAGUGGGGAUUGUUCCCGAAGUCCUGUCUUUGUCCCAGCUGUGGUGACAUUUUGGACAAGGUGCACUUCUCAAGGAGGGGCAAUUCGACACAGGCUCGAUUUCGUUGCAGCAAACGUGCCUGCAGAAAGUACAUAUCUAUUACCAAGAACACUUGGUUUGAAGGCGCCAAGGUCUCUUUCAGGAAAAGCCUUUUCCUCGCCUACUGUUUCGUCAACCGCAGUAGUUACGACACCGCCAUCCGAGAAACGUCAGGACCAAGAUUCGACGAUUGCGAAACCAGUACGAAAACGGUGGCUGAUCUGUACAGCUAUUGCAGAGAAGUCAUCUUUGAAAGCCUCUACUGCAGUGACGAAGUACGACAGAUUGGUGGGGCCAACUUUUGUGUCGAGGUCGACGAGGCGAAGUUUGGCAAGAGAAAGUUCAAUCGCGGGAGGGUAGCCAACGGUCAGUGGGUGUUUGGCGGCAUUUGUCGGGAGACGAAGGAGUGCUUCCUCGUUCCAGUCCAAGACCGCACCCAGGAGACCCUCGUCAAUCUGAUCAAAAAGCACGUCGCUCCAGGUACCAUCAUCCGCAGCGAUUGCUUCAAGAGUAACGAGUGCCUGGAGCGAGAGGGUUUCCGACACUUGACCAUCAAACACUCAGAGAAUUUUGGCGACCGUCACACCAGUGCCUACACUAAUAUCGUCGAGUCUACCUGGUGGGCAGUGAAGAAGAGUUUGUGCUCCACCCAUGCCCACACGCAGAAGCAGCACUUCGCUGCCUACCUGGCCGAAUACAUUUGGCACCAGCAGAACGUCGACACCAAAUGUAAAUUCAUACAAUUCCUGAAAGAGAUCUGCAAGGUUUACCCAGGACUGGACGCCUGAGGAGGUCAAAACUGGUGUGUAAGUAGAGAAAGUUCAACAUGCAUCCCCCAGGAAAAGAGGAAGAUUCAGCUGCAGGUGCCUUCAGUUUGAACUCUCAAAGUGCUCUGUUUGCCUCUCGGAGCCAGGACAUCUUUGCCAACCUUGGAGUGCUAGAGGAGAAACACUCAGCAUUUGUGAAAGCACACGGCUCUGACACAGAUACCAGGCAGCUGCUCAAGGCAGAUCCUGAAGAGGAAGAGGAGGAGGAAGAGCGAUGUUCUUCCAGAAGCAGAGACCACAGACAAACACAUCGGUCAAGGUCAUCUGAUUUGACGUCGCGGUCAGGUCUUGGCGGCACUAGAGGCCAGGACCAGGAGAGGCGUUCGCUUAGCCGCUCCUCAGAUCGUGAGGAACAGAGAGCUCCUGCUGAUAGAGAAUUUCGGGGCUCCUUCCGCAGACCGCGGGGUGUAGCUCCACAUUCCCGACAUCGAGCCACACCGGACUACAAAAAGAACCCAGAACGCUGGACGUGUUAUUCUCUUGAUGAUGUGCCGGAUCAGGAUCUUUCGGAGCGCUCCAACCAGCGGGCAGCCCUUGUGUUUCUUGAGGAACGCCGCAAAGAAAGGGAACGGCAAGAGAGGAAAGCGGCCGGACUUCCCGAAGAGGAAAUCAAGUUUGACGUCGGCUAUGGUGCUUGCUCUCAGGGGAGAGUUUCGUUUACCCGUCGAAAAACAAAGACAAAAGAGACUGAUGACAAGUGUGGGGGAAAGAGUGGGCAGGAAGAGGGCAGGAGUGUUGGCUCUGCACCAGACCCUGCAACACUUGAUGAUGACAAUGAGGGAAGUGUGGAUGUGGUGGAUAGUGAAGCUAAUGCUGAUGCUGGUCAAUUGCCGGAGAGAGAGACAGCGAGUGAAGUUAAAAACACUGGGUUCAAAUUCAAACCAAAGAAACAAAUGAAGAGGAAUAUCCGAAGAAAAGGAAGUGGUUCAGAUGAUUCAGACAACUGACUUGAUUAUUCACUUACCAGCUGCUCAAAUCAAGAUAUGAGAAAGUAGCAAUGAUUAUGAUCAGGAACAGCUUCUAUAUAACACCUUUUCAAAGAAAUUACUAAGUUACAAAAUUCCCUAGUCUGUCUCAAGCACCGAUAGAAAGUUAAGAAAGGUGGGAAUAGUGGGGGGUUUUAAAAAUUUUGUUUGCAAAACUGAUUUGUACUUUUACUAAAAAUGUAGAUUUUUAAGGCUGUUGAAUUGUCACAUAAUGCUGAUCUCUGUUAACCUGUUGUGUUGGCCUCAAUGUGGACCAUACUUCCAGAAAUAUGUAGCAUAUAAAGAAAAAAGGUUCAUGUGGACAUGUUCAUUGGGAAUGUGACAGUUUGUUAGUGCUGUGUGCUUGAUGUAUAUGUGUGGUUGUAUGAUUGUGUCUUCACUUGUCUGGAUUUUUGUUGCCAACUUCCUGAAUAUUUGCAUUUUCGCCACUCUUGUCUUUAAUUAUGCAUAUAGGCCUAUAUGUUCUGUCCUGUGGGGAUCUGCCAAGUUGACUGUUCUUGUUUUUGGGGGGUUUUUGUAGUUUUACUCUGUAAUGUUCACCCAGCUUGACAAAGUCUCUCAAUCGUUUUCUCAACAAUGAAAUUAGUUGGCUGUAAUUUUCUGCCAUGUUUGAGUUGCUGAUCAGUUUGCACUGUUGUCAGAUGGUUACUUUGUUUGGUUCAGUAAUUACUAGAUUUACAUCAGUGCAUGUAUCUGAUCUGUUCCUGAUGACAUCAUGGGUUUGUUUUUGUCAUGCUGAUUUUCUGUUUGGUUGAACCACACUAUUUGUACCUUUGACUUGAAUUUCUCCUGAAGACAAAGCCUAGAAGAAUGUAUAGUAUCACAUAGUAUGAGUCUUAUAAUAUUAUAUGAUGUAGGCUUUUGACAUCUUGUUGAAGUUGUACCAGGAUCAGACCUGAAAGGUUCAUUUUUCGCGUCCAGAUGAGUGUAUUACUUAGUGCCAAACCAUAAACAAUGAUCCGAAAAUGCUCAAAGUAAUUUGGUUGUUGUCACUUUACACAGGUGCAGUUCCUGUCUGUAGGUGGCAUGAGGGUAAUUGGUUCUUUCGAGUUUUUAACCUUCCAUGUAUUAUUUUUGUGUCUUGUGUUGUCUUUUGCUGGACUAAUUCUGUCCAUGUGCAUUACUUUUCAAGCAAUUUUUUGUCUUGAACGUUUUAAACCCUGGCCUCUUUUCCCAUCCAUGAGCUUUGUAGAAGAACUUGUGUUUCACACUACAUGUACUAAGUUCAUGCCAAUAUGUGUGUACAAUGGGAACAAGGGUAAAUCACUAAAUGUGGCUGGCACUGAGAUGUGUGCUUAGGCCAGGAGGGUUAAUAAACUUUGAAUGGUAUACAUUGUAAUGAUUUAAUUACCCUUUUUGCAUCAUCAUCGUCAUCCGGUGCCUUGCCGACUGGCCUGGGCGAUCAUGGACCUCCACUUCACUCUGUCUCAUGUUGCAGAAAUGGUGUUUGUUGUUCUUGCUGCUCCCAGCCUUUUUGCAUAGUAAGGUUAUUUAAGAGACAGAACCUUUGAGAUUACAUCUCGUGUCUGAUACUGAUAGAACUGGUUCAAGUGAAUGUAAAUGUAAUGCAUAAAGACUUGAAAUCUCUUUGGUCUUCUGAAGUACACGUUCUGAAAGAGGGUCACGUAACUCACAGUCCAGUGUGAUAUCUGGGGUGUUGUUUUUUUUUGUGUUUUUUUUUAGUGCUAUGUAGGUGUUUUCGCAUCCCCAUCAACACAAUUUUGAUCAUUCAGAAGGUAGGCUUUAACCAGGCCGGGAAAGAUACUUUGAGCAGAAAGGUAGAUGCUCAAU